AUGGAGAAGGUUGUCAAUGCUACAUGGAAGGACUGGGCACAGAGGCUGAAUGAAGCACUCUGGGCCUACAGGACUGCUUAUAAAAACCCUAUAGAGCUGGAGCACAAGGCAUUUUGGGUAGUUAAGAAACUGAACAUGAACUUGGACGUUGCGGGAGCUCAACGCAAACUACAGCUCAAUGAGCUUGAGGAGUGGCGAUUGAACGCGUACAAGAACAACAAGCUAUACAAAGAGAAGAAAAAGCGUUGGCACGACCAAUGCAUCAGUAAAAAAGAUCUUGUUGUUGGCCAAAAAGUUCUUUUGUUCAAUUCACGUCUACAUUUGUUUCCAGGGAAGUUAAAAUUCAGGUGGUCAGGACCCUUUAUCAUUAAGACAAUCUUUCCAUAUGGAGCAGUGGAAUUAACACGAGAGGAUGGCACCAACAUAUUCAAAGUAAAUGGCCAAAGAGUAAAGCCAUACUUUGAAGAUGGACUGGAAUGUCAAAAGUCCUCUCUCGCACUACGCAAAGUCAGCUGA